UCUGAAUCGGUCCAUCAAGCGGUGAAUUCGCUUCCAAUUACGUUCCAUUUGACUUCGUUAUCGACAAAUGUCCAGCGGGAACUGGGUUAUCAAUCGUGGCCAUGGUCACAGAAAAUGGAGACUUUCGGUAUCCGCCGUCGCCAGGCGAACAUAAUAUCUCCAACCGUCGCAAAGUGCCCAAUCCUCCUCGUCUCAAUCCUCUAAGAAUCAACCCCCCCUCUCCUCCAUCUUCUCGAACCGCCACCGCCCCACGUGCGCCUCCGCUCCCACGCUCUCCGAGAAGACCCCCUGUCAUUCCGGAUGAUCCUUUCCUACGCUCACCCUCCCCCCAACCCGGAAUGGGUGGUGAUUAUAUCUCGCACAGACCGACGUAUCGCAUGCCCGCCACUGCUAAUCCAACGUUUGAACGCUUCCCCAGAGCUCCUUCGAGAGAAAGUGACUUUGAGCGUCCGACAUAUCGUCGCAAGACCCCUCCUCCUCAACCAAGAUUAAGAACCUCCAAAUCUACAUCGAAGCUUCACAGACCUCCCAAGACCCUCCAUUCCCUAGAUCGUCAGUCCAACGACACCCCACAACAGGGACUUGGCUUACCGCGCUUUUAUCAUAAUGGAUCGACAGAGGCCAAUGGGGAAGAUGCUCUCCGCUCCAGCGUGAACUCCGCCAUGACGUCGCGCUCUAGUGUCGGACAGGCAAGUGGAACGGAGCGAAGUAGUGUCCUAACGAAGAGUAGCUCUAUUACCGAUCUUUCUCCUGAUACACCAGAUGGAUCGUAUGAGAAGGACGGGGGAAUGAGCGUGGAAGAUGCUAUCUCUAUGUAUCUCGACGGGUUUAGUGACGUCACGGAAGAGCCGGGGUCUCCUGACUGGCGUGGAGAGAGCAAAGCAAGACCGCUGAGUCCCCGUCCGCCGACAGAGCUGACUCUAGACGAUGGGCAUACUUCCGAUGAACAUUCGCCCGAGCUAGAUCCGACCGAGGAUUUGCCGCCGGUUCCACCGCUCCCAGUUUUAAACCCGCCCGACCAGAAUACGCUGGAUGAGCAGUUCUUGGGCCACGCACAAUUGAAUGAAAAACAAUUUAGCGAGCCCCUGGACCAGAACACGCCGGAUCGGCCAUCUGAUACCAGCCCACUAGAGACGACGAUAUUCAUUCCCGGCACCGUGCCGCCUCCGUUUUUGAAGCCUACCGAGAGCAGGGACCAGUAUGGAUUUCGGAAGGCCAGUCACCACGUCACAUUACAACAGUACGAGGCCUGGAAUCGCCCGUAUGCAGCAUUUGCUAGGAGUCGGAGAAACAAAUGGUCAGAAUUGCUGAAGGAGCAUGGAUUGCCCUCCACCGAACCGAGGAUUUUCCCGCCCAAAUCAAACAAGAUGAAGCGUCUUGUCCGCAAAGGCAUUCCUCCUGAGUACAGAGGGGCAGCUUGGUUCUUUUAUGCCGGUGGUUAUGAGCACUUGAAUCGUAAUCCAGGACUAUAUGAUCAGCUUGUGAACCAAGCUAUGGAAAGCCCAAGCAACGAUGACAAGGAGCAUAUCGAACGAGACUUGCACCGAACGUUCCCCGAUAAUAUCCACUUCAAGCCUGAAUCUACUGACGGGAUCGGGAACUCAGGUGCUAGCUCUGGUAGCAGCAACCUGAAGCAUGGCUCGGUCACUGUCGAGACGCAAAUGAUCCAAUCGCUCCGGCGGGUGCUCUAUGCAUUUGCGUUGCACAAUCCCCAAGUCGGUUACACGCAAUCACUCAACUUUAUUACAGGCCUGCUCCUCCUGUUCCUUCCGGAAGAGAAGGCGUUUUGGAUGCUGCAUAUCAUUACUUCUGUUUAUCUCCCCGGUACCCACGAGAUAAGCCUCGAAGGUGCUAAUAUCGAUCUAUGGAUCCUUAUGGUUCUCUUGAAAGAUUCAACCCCGCUAAUUUACAACAAAAUUACGGGCUCCGCUCCCGGCAAAUCCAAGACGCCUCCGUUGACAGUCGACUCUCGGUUACCGGAUAUUACACUAGGCUUGACGAAUUGGCUCAUGUCAUUGUACAUCGGGACUGUGCCCUUGGAGACGACUUUACGCAUCUGGGAUGUCUUUUUCUACGAAGGAUCGAAGACAUUCUUCCGAGCUUCGCUAGCUAUUUUCAAGGCUUGUGAGAGGGACAUCCUCGCCGUAUCCGAUCCCAUGGAGGUUUUCCAAGUCGUCCAAACGGUUCCCAAGAGGCUGUUGGAUGCCAAUACUCUACUGGAUGAGUGUUUCGUGCGGCGCCAUCGUGUUGGACAGGGCCGCAUUGAAGAGCUAAGAGCAUCUCGACGGACAGCGGUUCGGCAAGAGAAGCUGCGACGUUCGAAAGCCUUGAGCAAGGGAUACCUUCAAGCCGCCACGGAUGAAUGGCCGACUACGCGAUCACGGACACCCGUUCCUGGGGUUGAGCGCAGCAUUGCCGGUGGAUGGCGUCAUAUGAAAGAUGCGUUCCGGUAAAUGUCUGCGACGGUGGCUUGCAAAAUUGCUGUUGCUUGUAACGAAAUUGUUUUUAUUGAUACCCGAGAAAAAACAUGCCUUGUUCCGAUACUAUUUGGUACUCUACGCCCUCAUUUAUUGUGUUCUUUUGUCCUACCACCCUCGCGCACCGUCGUCUACGGACUCCAAAAGUGCUUGCGAAUUUCGCCGACUCAUUUCAUAUUCUGUAAUGUUUACAACUGUAAUUUCACUCAUUGAUUGACGCAUUUUCACAGCCAGCUACCGGGCGUUCGUUGUUGGAUAAGGGAUUGCGGAGUUUUAUCUGUGGUCAACUAUCUGAUUCUUGGGUCUGACAUUGCCUGUGCAUUGGAAAACUUGCGCUGGUAAAUUGGAAUAGAUCUCUGGAUCAUGAAAUGGGCAGACAAUGUUCGUGAUGAUCUUUCUAUAUUAGAGCAAUUACCGAUCAAUUGAAAAGCAUUCACCAAAAUUGAUAAAGAGAACAAGAAAAAAUCAAA